CCACCCCCUACCACACUCCCAUCAGAGUGUUCUGCAAAUGCUCUGCAGCUCGCGCUUCGUUUGACGUCGUCUUUCAAAGAAGUCUAUCUUCCAUCGUUGCUCCUCACAAAUAACCAGUCGCUGAAUCGGAUUUUGCUCUCUACUCCAAGGUGACCGUGCAGCAGGAUGUCCUUGACCCCUGGGCCGUCCUCUCCCCUCCUCUUUACAACACCACCCCCAUUCCACUCAGCCACCCCUAUAUUCUCAUCUGUGGAGCCCAAUGCUACUGCUUGCCAGGAGUGGGAGCAGGCCCACCAUCUUCUCUUCCACCUGGGCAACAUGUCUCUGCUGAUGGGCCUGGUCAUCCCCACCACGCUUGGUCUGCACAUGAUCCUGCUUCGCUUUCUUCUCGUGACAGGAUGUGGCUUCUUCAUUGCUUGGGCAACUUUGUACAGGUGUAACAUGGACGUGAUGGUUUGGAAUGUGGUUUUCCUGGUGGUCAACAUCAUGCACUUGUUGUUUCUCUUGUACAAACGUAGGCCGAUUAAGAUCGACAGGGAGUUGAGGUCCUUGUAUAAGCGGAUGUUUGAACCCCUACAUGUCAAUGAGGCUCUGUUUCAGCGACUCACGGGUCAGUUCUGCACCAUACAGGCUCUGAAGAAAGGGCAGGCCUAUGCUGCAGAGGACAAGACCUCUGUGGACGAACGACUCAGCAUUCUUCUCAGAGGGAAGAUGAAAGUGUCCUAUCGAGGGCAUUUUCUUCACAACAUCUACACCAAUGCAUUUAUUGAUUCCCCAGAGUUUCGGUCCACUUUAAUGCACAGAGGAGAGAAGUUCCAGGUAACCAUUGUGGCAGAGGACGACUGUAAAUUUCUGUGUUGGUCUCGGGAGAGACUCACCUACUUCCUGGAAUCAGAUACAUUCCUUAAUGAGGUGUUUAGGUACCUCAUUGGUAAAGACAUUACCAACAAGCUCUACUCUCUCAAUGACCCUACACUCAGUGACAAGGCAGUGAAGAAGAUGGACCGCCAGCCCAGUCUCUGUUCCCAGCUAUCUAUGAUGCAAAUGCGGAACAGCAUGGCCAGCACCAGUGACAGUGACGAUGUCCUUAAUCAGAUCCUAAGAGGAGGAUCUACUGGAUCCUCCCUCCAAAAAUCACCAGUUGCCAAGGACUCUGCAAAAAUGAAGCCGAUUGAGGAAGGUAUGGAGGAUGAUGUUUUUGCUGAUUCUCCUCCCAACAAGCCCAACAAGCCCUGCCGUCCUUCUAGCACAUCCACUGAGGAAGUGUAACCUGGGGGAAACAAACACACACACACACACACACACACACACACACACACACACACACACACACACACACACCAGCAAGAAAAAGAGACAACAUCCAAGACAAAUUACAUGAUCGAUGCCAAGAAUAAAAGAUGAAAGAAAUAAUUUAGACAAUUAAUGUUUGUUGUAAGAUAGUAUAUUGAAAUGUAUUUUGUUUUACAUAUCGGAUGUCAUCACUCUUUAUAUUGUGGGCAUUUUUCAAUGACUAGCAAUAUUUUGGUCUGUGCAGUGCCUGUUAAUUAAAGUUUGUUCAAUUCUA